AUGGGUGUCACUUGUUCGUGUCAACAGAAAAUUGAAGAUGACUAUUAUCUAGAGGAUCCCCCUGUAAACGAGGCCACUUAAUAGCAAAGUGCUGAUCUUCUGCAAAAUGCGGAUAAGAACGAUGGAAAAGAAUAAGAUCAAUAAAAAGAACAAUAAACUGUAGACAUAGAUCCAAUUCAACUUAAAUCAUAUGAGAUUGAGGACAAUUGUCCCUAAGGUCUCUAACCACUUACAUUUUAGGCCUAACAAGAAUUUAUUGACCAAUAUCCUGCUAUUGUGAAAAAACAACUUUAGAAAUUACCAAGACUUGAAAUUAAGGCUACUCUUACUCCUAAUUAUAAAAGAAUACCUUUAAUAGAUACUCCAUAUUAAUUAUUAAAUGGAGAUGUUUAUGUAGGAUAAUGGGCUGAAGGAAAACCCUUUGGUUUAGGCAAAAUAUAUUAUCUUGAUCACCAAGUCUACGAAGGUCAAGUGAUAGAUGGAAUUCCUAAUGGGGAAGGCAGAAAAAUAUUCAAAGAUGGCUCGUUUUACACUGGGUAAUUUAAAAUGGGAGAAAUAAGUGGAAAGGGUAAGUUUACAAGAUAAGAUGGUUUCAAGUAUGAAGGUGAUUUCUUAUGUGGAAGACCGGAUGGAAAAGGAAUUGAAACAUGGCCAGAUGGCACUAAUUAUUAAGGUCAAUAUAAAUUAGGCAAGAAAAAUGGAUAAGGAUCCUUUACCUGGAGUAACAGGAAGAAUAAGAAAACUGGCAAAUUAGAAACCUAUACUGGUUUAUUUAAAAAUGAAGUGUUUCAUGGACAAGGUCGAUAUGAAUGGUAGGAUGGAAGAAUCUAUGAUGGAGAGUGGGUAGAAGGAAGAAUGGAAGGAAAGGGAGAGUUCAUAUGGCCAGACAAAAGAAAAUAUACAGGAAGUUAUUUGAAGGACAUAAAAUCAGGUUUUGGCGAAUUAGAAUGGCCAGACGGAAAAAAAUUGUCAGGUCAAUGGAGAAUGGGUAAACUAAAUGGGGUUGUUACACUUACAAUCAAGGGCAAAAUUAAGGAAGGCGACACUGAACCAGAACCAGACAAAACCUUUUUAUCUGAAUGGGAAGAUGGAAAAAGAAUAAAAUGGUUAGAUAAUCAAAAACCUAGUGGAAUACAUAGUAACAUUAGCCAAUUAAGAAAUUUUGAUGAACAUCAACCUCUAUAAAACACAAGUUAAAUUUUAAAAUCGCAAAAUAGAUAAGAUGAGCAAUCAAACAAUAAGGAUUCCUUUUUAAAUAACUCUAAAACAUAACCAUAAAACACAAUUUUUUAAUAAAAUGCAGAAAUUAAAUUAGAGUAACAACAAUAACAAUAAUAAUAAUAAUAACAAUAACAAUUUUAGUAAUAAAAUUAACAAUAAUAAUAAUAAAAUUAUAUUAAUGAAAAUCAAAAUAAUGAAUAUAUGAAAUAACAUCAAUAGGAAAAUGUCGGCUCAAACAUAGAUGAUAACUAAUUUUAAUAAUUUAAUGAUAACAAGCAAUAAAAUGAAAAUGAAAGCGCAUUAGUAAAGAAUUUUGAUGAUCAAUAACAGGAAGUUUAAAAAGAGAAAACGGAUUUAUGA